CUGCGUCCGUCACUUUGCUCGUUUCACGGUCUCUGCUGGACGUCUUCUUUCUGACAAGGAUGGCAAGCUACUCCCACUUGUUUCAGGGCGUGGCAGUCACAUCCAAGUACGCCGCCUUCCGCCCCGUCUACCCUGCCGCCCUGUACCACGAGCUUUUAGAGUUCAUGGGAACGCAAAAGCCGGGAUUCGCAAUCGAUGUGGCUUGCGGAUCUGGGCAGCUGACAAGCAUGCUCGCGUCGCACUUUCAGCAAGUGCUGGCGUUCGAUGUCAGCGAAGAGCAGAUCAAGUCGGCGGCCGCUGCUCCGAAUAUCAACUACACUGUCGGAUCUGCCGAUGCCAUCCCUGCCCAGACAAACACGGCGGAUGUUGUCACUGUGGCUCAAGCAAUGCAUUGGUUUGAUUUGCCCAAGUUUUACGCGGAAGUCGAUCGUGUGCUCAAACCAGGUGGUACUCUGGCAGUGAUUGGCUACGGCAACUGCAAGCUUGCCAACCAGGAGGCGAACAAAGUGAUUCAGCAGUUUUACUCUGGUACUUUGAAGCCGUACUGGUCCGACAGACGCUUUUGGCUCGACAACGAGUACGCCGAUGUCAAGCUUCCGUAUGAAGACCGGGCACGGUGGGACGGAGCCAUUGUGCUCAGAUAUUCGUUGGAAGGAAUUCUUGGCUACCUUUCGUCCUGGUCCGGGUACCAUACCUACCUGAAACAAAACCCAACCCUCCCCGACCCGCUCAUUGCGGUCAAAGCAGAUCUGCUUCGAGCGUAUGCUACCUCUUCGACGACUGACGUUGAAGUGGACUUGACGUGGCCGCUAUUCAUGCUGUUGGGCAAAAAGCCCAGCCAUUGAUGUUGUUUUGUUUUUGGUUUUCCGAGUGGAUUUGUUGAGAUCAUCAGCAAGCAAUGCAGCUGGCCGGAUCUAUGCAAUACAAUGAGCACCAUGAUGUGAUGUAUUCAGUCAACAAUGGGCGUUCAAGGAUUGAUUUGUAGACGAAAAUCACAGUUUGUCUGGAAGGGACUUUCUGAGGUCAGUUCUCAGCUCUGUGGCCUCGGACAUCUGG